GAGCUGUCCAGUGUCUGCAUCCAGCAGUGUCAGAGGAGAGAAGGGGGGCCUGUGUGAGAGCUGUUAUGAAGGUCAUGUAGCCAAUGAAGAUGGGCCUGGUGGUGCUCGUCCGGAACCUGCUGCUCACCCUGUGCCUCUGCCUGGUGCUGGGCUUCAUGUACUACGCCGCCUGGAAGCUGCACCUCCUCCGAUGGGAAGACCCUAAUUCAGGGGCUCUUACCUUUGACUCCGUUGGACGGACACUAGGCUCAGGAAGGAGAAAGAAGAACAAUGUGGCCUUUGACUUUCUGUCUCUGCUGCCCUCAGGCCUUGCUGUGGACUCAGGACAAUCCAGAACCCAGAAAGAGAUGAUCGAUGCCCGGGCUGCCCGGGGCCCAGCCCAGUCCAGUAGGGAGCUGCUGUCCAGCCAUGAGGUUCUGGCCUGGCCUGACAAUCCUGGGGCACCCUGGUGCUGGACUGAAGGAAGGCCAGAGGUAAUGAGGCUGGCAUGGCUAGUCUCUACCCCCUCUGCCUGCCUGCACCAAGCCAGGUCCUUCCCGCUGGGUGGUCCCCAGGAUCUGCAGCCAAAGACUAAACAGUUCUCCUUCACUGCCCACCAGCCGGACGGCUUUGGCUUCCUCACCAGGGGCCUGCUGGGGGGGGGGGGGCUCCUGCAGAGUUUGUUGUGCUUGGCUGGGAUGGCCUUGGCUGUAGGCCUGGGAGGCUCCCUGCAGCUGGGCUGCCCAUCAGGGGCUUGGGGCUGGCUCCUGGGCUUGCAGGAGUGCUGGUGUGUGGCAGAGGUCAGUGGCAGAGGGCUCCAGACGCCCAGCUUGCCUCUGGCUUUCUUUGCACAGGCACAUCCUUGAAAGAAUGUCUCUCUUCACUGUGUCUGCUUGGUCUUUGCCCUCCUCCUGGCUCCCCCUGGGUAGUCUGACCUCUUCUGGCCCAGAGCUCUCCAGCAUCUCCUCCCUGCCUGGUCAGAUGGCCUGGUCUAUCUUCAGUCUCUUCCUGUUCCCCCAUCCUCAGCAUGCCUUCCUCCUCUUGCUCUGGGCCACCGCUGUCUCCCACAUCUCCCUGCCUAACUGCCCCUCGUCCUCACCCUUCUCCUGACCACUAAGUGGGAGCUUUCCCCAGGCCUCGGUCCUGAGCCCUCUCCUCUCCUCUGCCCUGGGAUGUCUCCCCCGUGGCCUCAGCCGUCAUCUCCACGCUCCAUAGAUCAGCCCUGAAUCAUCUCCUGAGCACCAGUCCCAUGUCACCAGCCAUCCGAGUUGUGAGGCUCGAAUGAGAGUGGGUAGCACAGUACCUGGCACACAGUAGGUGCCUUGUCAAUGCUUAUUCCUUGCACUGACCACUCCAUGGUUAUCGCAAAGGCAGCCUAUCCUGAAGAGAACUCUGAACUUCUUUGCCCUCACUCCCAAGGCUGGUACCAUCGCUGCAUGGUCCCUGGUCAGCACCCUCAUUCUCUCUCAUUCCUAUGGCUCAUCAGCUGUUCAUCAUCCUUUGUAAUACCUCUUGCCUCAUCCCUUCUCUCCUGGACUGGUGCAGCUGUCCUCCAUCCUCUUGACAGUGUGAAAUCGAUGUUCUGAAAGCUCAGAUCUGAUCCCGACAUUCCUGCUCAGAAACCUUCUGAGGUCAAAAUGCUUAAUUGGGCCUCCAAGGCCCUUCUGCCUCCCUUUCCAGUCUGAUCUCGUACUGCUCUUCUUGGCAUGCUCUCUUCCAUGGGCACACGGUCCCAUCUCCUGCCCUCCCUGCUCCCAGAAUCCGGAGUUCCCUUCAAAAGCCCAGCUCAGGGGCAGGUAAGUGGUGCAGCGGAUAGCACACCGGCCGUGGAGUCAGGAGGACCUGAGUUUAAAUCCAGCCUCAGAC